AUAUCCGUAACAGUUUAUCUCCGCACUAUGUAAGGGCACUCACUGGCCGAGCAUCGAAAACGCUCCGCGUUUCGCGAUAAACACCGCGUACAUUCCCUCCGGGAAUAUGUAUAUUUUCGCGCCGAGCUUUUCCCGCGUUUAGUUUCGUUGACGCACACGCGGCGAAGGUAACGCGGAUAGAGCGAGACGGAGAGAAACGCACACACGCGACAAAGAGCGGGAGAAACGGAGCGAGAAAGAAAGGAGAGAGAAAAAGAGAGAUAGAGACAAUGGAGAAUGACAGGAAAGGAGAAAGACACGUAGACCGCACGUUACGUUGGGAGCAAUGGAAUAUGUGCGAACACUUCGCUUGGUCCCGCCUAGGGGAAAGAAAAUCCGUCGCUACCACCACCACUGCUCCACCUCCAGACUCGUACAAAACUACGCGCGAUAUAUGUACGUGUGCGUGUUCGCGCGCGCACAGUUUUCAAAACAUGACACACCGGGGUGCACACCGUGAGCCGGUAAUAUACUCGUAUCCUUGCAGCUCGUUACACGCCGUUUUCUUUUCUGCGCUCGUUAAAAUACGAUUGUUUAACUCGCGCGGUUUUUCCGCACGCACACGCCGCCGCGGAUCAAUAAUUCACCAUAUACGAAUUCACCAGAAGCGGCUGAGCGAGCGGGCUGGCACGCAGACACUAGACAGAGGCACACGUUUCUGUCGUGGCGCGCUCUUCUCGGGGAAACGCACGCAGCCCACCACCACCGGCACCACGAUCGCGCCUCGUCCUAACCUCCUCGCAGUGCUGUCGAGCCGUACACGUUGCCAGAGAGACUGCACACGCUUCGUACAUAACACGCACACAUACACAGACAUGAAGCUUGCGUUCUCUUGACACACAGCUGACACAACCGCUCGUAAACACGCGACCAUCGGACAAAGACGGAUGCACCGCCAAACCGCACGCUACGGCACGACUGAGAACCUCUCUCCGUUUAUCAAACCGAUCCGAUUAUCAUUUUAUCUCUCUCUCCCUCUCUCUCUGCUUUCAAUCAUUCUCUCUCUCGCACAGACACAUACACACUCUCGCAACAUGCUCCCUCUCUCUCUUGACGAGUAGCAGCAACACCGGGGCCAGCAAUGCGAACAUCACGGUCACCGGAAGUAUGAACCUGACAAUCACACGACACACACGGGGAAUACACAUGCACGUUCCACGCACUUCCUCGUACAUAAAUAUUUGCCUUUUUAUCGCACGGUUGGUCUCGUUUCAUUCGCACCGACGCGACGUCUAUCGCUUCCACCGGGGCUGUCGCUCUCUUUCGUUCGUCUGUCCGUCUGUCCGUGGCCGACGGUUGUGUGUAUAUCGCCGUCGUCGCUACUGUCGAAUCCGUUCGGUGCGCGGCGCCUGUGUGGGACGACGCCGCUGGGACACACGGGCGUGGACGGAGUAGACGCGCUCUUUCGAGGACAUUUCGACACUGUUUUCUUUAAUGUACUUACCACUGGGCCGAGCUGACGUGGCGUCGCGCGCGCGCGGGGCCUCUACACCACGGGCAAAAUUCGCACGGAAUGGCACAAAGAAUCUGGAUAACGCACACGCCUGCUGCGCAGCCGGUCUGCGCACACGCUGACACCGCUUAUGCGGCCGCGGGAGAAACCAGAAGCCGAACGCCAACGGAACUGGUCGAACACGACCGAUCGUCUUACCCCUACUACUUUGUGACGGACCAACGUCUCCCCACUCCCCGCGCCGACAGAUCAGUCGCGUCACGCACGAUGUAUGAGGACGCAGAGGAUGCGUCGGACAUCAACGAGAACUUCUUCAACGCGUUAGCUUUGUUACAUUCAACAGACGACAACAGCACAGAGAAACUUCAGAAAAUGUUGGACACGUUUAUAGAACGGAAAUACGGUUUUGACAAAACUUUGAUGGCCAGACUGCCCAAGAAAUUUGUUCAGAAUACGAAAAUCCGUGGUAAAUCGUUCUCCGACGUAAAAACGAAAAAACACAAAGAUGAUGUAUCCUGUAAAACAGGAAGUACCAGUCGGAUAAGUGAAGAUUUGUAUGUUGCAAACGAUUCAGUAGAAAAUAAUUGGAAAACUGUAAAAGUGUUCAACGCGGAUGUUGAAGACUAUAGCGAGAAAGGAGAUGUUCCAAGGAUAUCUAUUCCUGAUGAAGGAUCUGGAGAUGGACUUCUAUGCAAGGUCUGUAACGGGGCAAAACUAGGGCCCUUGAUUCUCCUCGAGUGUCAAGAGUGCCAAGAAGUGUAUCAUCCUCUAUGUCAUCAACCUCCCGUCGUCGACAUCGAUGUUUUCGACCCCAGAAUCGUGUGGAUGUGUCAAAAAUGCGUAGACAUUUCUGUCGAUACACUCGAUGUAAAGAAACAAAAAGAAAUUUAUGCAUUCAAUAAUCUAGACGUUCAAGAAGUUCCUGUAGAGGCAGACAUGUUGGAAAAAUCAAAUGAAAGACUUUCAAAAAACGAAACUACUGUUGCACAAAAUUUAUUAGAUUGCAGUGUUGAUAAUGGACUAAUUGAAAAAGGUGUUUUUACACAGAAGGUGAAAAAUGUAUCUUCGAAUCAGUUGAGGAAACGUGUUGGUUCGAAACUUUCAGUAACUCGUUCUGUAGUUAAAUAGAAAUUUUUUCUUUCUUAUUUUUUGUUCGUAUAUAUGACU